AAUAAGUCAGUAGACCAAACUAAACCGGCGCCAUGCUAAACUUAUAGAGUCAGGUUAGGGAUAUUGAGGGUCAGAAAACCCGUAACAUUUCGUGAACGCGUGCCUUAUCUUCGGGCACCUGGCUUUAUUGAGAGAGAUAGGAUGAUAUGGUCAUUGGGACAUUUCGUCCGAUUAGCCCGGCUGGCACUCACUAAGAUAAGGUCGAGCACUAGUAUAGAUCUCUGACCCGGCACAUCUCGACCAGUACCCUUCGACACUCGGACUCUCCAGGACGGACAUUCACGAACAUUCUCCAAAAUGUACUCACUCUCAGUUUUCACAGGAUUUGCUUUAUUGGUGGCGGCAUAUUCCAUGCCCUUUGACCUCCUGGGAGACCCCUUAUACAUAGAUUCCAAUUUGAUCUCAGUCUGUCAACCACUCGACGCCCCUGUUAAUGGCCGUAUAUACUGCGCGUACAGCAUGAGCAACCUGACAUGCACUGCGUCUUGUGACAAUGGAUUUGAAGCCGACGCCAACAUGAUGUUUAAUAGUAUGACUUGUGAGUAUCAAAAGCCAUUUGCCACCAAAGCUUUCGGUGCCUGCCGAAUGGCUGUUCCUACCAUGGCCCCAACGCUGCCACCUGCCUUCACCAACUCACCAGUCGUCGGACCAGUUCACACCGGACGUUGUAUCCACAACGUUAUCGAGUGUGGUACUGACGAGGGUGACUUCCAGGCAUGUACCGACUGUAGUAAGUAUGUCACGUGCUCCGUCAAUGGCGCCACCUUGAGGGAUUGUCCGGUUAGCCUCGUCUGGGACGACAGCACCAAGACAUGUGAACGUCAAUCAUCUACAUGUGCAUAAACGUGCCUUAUGUUAGAAAUCUACAUCACUGCGCAUCCGAUUUUGAUAUUAUAAUUACAUCAUGUUCAACCACAUUAAAAUUCUUCCCACCGAUAUCA